GGUCAUUAGAAAUCCUUUAAGGUGAAGUUCGUUCUGGUUAGCAGUGCCAUACGCUUACUUCAAUUGGUCUGUCGGGACGGUAAGAAUACAAUCUGGCAACCCUGAUGCUAACGGAGAGGUAAAUAAAGCGGAUGCUGGGAUCAACACGACUGCAAGAAAAGCAGGUAACGGUGAAAGCGGAGACGCAGUUGUGGGCAAUGAAAGUAAAGCAGGGAGCAGAAGCGGGCAUCCCGGCUACUACUGAAGAGGAGCUGCGCAAAAAGCCUGUAAUAACGCCGGAGGAUGUUCUCGGCCUGCAGAGGAUCACAGACAAUUAUCUGUGUAAUCCAGAGGACAAUGUGCACAAGAUCGAGUUCACCAGGUUCAAGAUCCGAGAUAUGGAAUCGGGAACGGUUCUUUUUGAGAUCACUAAACCUCCUUCUUUAGAAAGUGCAGAUGACAGAAAGGACCUUGACCCUGGUGCUGGCCGAUUUGUGCGGUACCAGUUUACUCCAGCUUUUCUGCGGCUACGGCAGGUCGGAGCCACGGUGGAGUUUGCUGUAGGUGACGUUCCAAUCAACAACUUUCGCAUGAUCGAGCGGCACUACUUCCACGGAAAGUUGCUGAAGAGCUUUGACUUCGAGUUUGGGUUUUGCAUCCCCAGCAGUAAGAACACCUGUGAGCACAUCUAUGAAUUUCCUCCACUCUCUGAGGAACUCAUCAACGAGAUGAUCCGACACCCAUAUGAGACUCAGUCGGACAGCUUCUACUUUGUAGACAACAAGCUGGUGAUGCACAACAAGGCUGAUUACUCCUACAGCGGUGGUGCAUAGGAGCAUUCUUAAAAAUAAGGACAGAUGCACCACAGCAUUAACCCUGACCGAGACUAAACUAAUCCAGUCUGAAAAUGGUUGUUUGGCAAAAAAAACAAAAAAAAAACACUCUGAGCUCAGGAUAUGUGUGUAUGGAUGAAAUAAAGUGUGUGUGUGUGUGUGUGUGUGUGUGUGUGUGUGCGCGUGUGCGCAUGCCAGACCAAAAGUCAAAAAAGACAAUUCUACACUGUAGUCACCCUACUGAGUCCACAUAAUGGUAAUACUAGUGUAGUAAAAUACAUUAUUGAUAA